AUGGAGAGGCUAAUUCUGCUAUUCUUCUGCCUGUUAGUUCAAGCCAUUGUUUCCUCCUCUGAGAAUCAGCUGUGCCACAAUGACCAAACCUCUGCUCUGCUGCAAAUCAAGAACGCAUUAACCAUCGACGAAUCUGUUUCUCUGGAGUGCGAUUUGAGUGGCGAACAUCCUUAUCCCAAGACCAUUUCAUGGAAUAGCAGCACAGAUUGCUGCAAAUGGGAUGGGGUUACCUGUGAUGAGCUAACAGGUGAAGUCAUCGGGCUUGAUCUUAGCUGCAGCCACCUCACCGGGACGAUUGAUUCCAACAGCACCCUCUUUCAGCUUUCUCAUCUUCAAAGCCUUAAUCUUGCCCACAAUGAUUUCUCCCUCUCUCAGAUUCCAUAUAAGUUUGGCCUGUUUCCCAGUUUGAGGCAUCUCAACCUCUCAAACACGGGCUUUUCGGGUGGAAUUCCCUCUGAAAUCUCUCGUUUGUCUAAGUUAAUUUCGCUUGAUUUGUCGGGAAACUUUGAAGGGCUUAAGUUAGAGCCUCAUUCCUUUAAACACCUCCUCCAGAACUUAACUCAGUUAAGAGAACUGGAUCUGUCUGGCAUUGAAAUCUCUUCUGUCCUGCCAAGAAACUUAUCUUCAUCGUUGAGAAUUCUGAGUCUUGUAAGCACUGGGUUGUAUGGGAAAUUCCCAGAUUCUGUUUUUGAUCUGCCAAAUCUUGAGAGGCUUAUAUUAAAUAGCAACUUUGAUCUUCAAGGCCAUUUACCAAAGACAGUGUGGAAAAGCAGCAUUUCCCUUAAGGAAUUGGAUCUUUCUUCAACCAGUUUUUCUGGAGAAUUGCAGGGUUCAGUUGGAUAUAUUAAGUCCCUGACUUAUUUGGAUCUCUCAUCCUGCAAAUUCUCUGGUGCCAUUCCCGAGUCUCUGGGAAACCUUACACGAAUCGAGAACUUAAUCCUAUUCUCAAACAACUUCACUGGAAGGGUGCCAUUAUCUCUAGUGAGCCUUGAGCAACUCAUCAGGUUUGAUCUUUCAGCCAACAAUCUCACCGGGGAAAUCCCGGAUUUCUUUGGCAAGUUCAGAAAGCUCAAGGAUUUAUCACUCGCAGAUAAUUCGUUCACGGGAAGGUUCCCAGUCUCGGUUACUAAUUUGACACAACUCGAGUCUUUAGACCUUUCGAACACCUCGAUUAGUGGCCCAAUUCCCCCCAUUGUUAGUGGUUUCCCAGCACUGGUUUUGCUCUUUCUUGGAGAAAACCUGCUUACAGGUGAAAUCCCUUCAUGGGUAUUUCGCCUUCCUUCCUUGAAAUACUUAGACAUGAAAUCAAACAACCUUAGUGGUCGAAUUGAGAGGUUUAGUUCUGAGGAGAUGGUGCAUAUUGAUCUGAGUGACAACAAGCUUCGGGGAAGUAUUCCAAGUUCACUCUCGAAACUCGUGAACUUGACAGCUCUCUAUCUUUCAUCAAACAAUUUCAGUGGUACUUUAGAUGUUGGAACAUUCUCAAACCUCAGACAACUUAGGCAUCUUGGUCUGUCUUAUAACAGCAUAUCACUGUCUGCAGCCCACAAAGAGAUUGCCUUGCCUGAUUCCAUUGGGAAUCUGUGGCUUUCGUCGUGUGAUAUAAGGGAAUUGGACUUCUUGCGUGAAGCGAAACACCUAGGACAAUUAGACCUUUCCGGGAACAAGAUUCGUGGACAGAUUCCAGAUUGGGCAUUGUCAAACUGGGGAAGUUCUGUGUAUUAUCUGAAUCUUUCUUUCAACUCCUUGACUGGUAUCAACAACCUUAAUCGUUUUGAGAAUCUGGUUUAUGUCGAUCUUCGGUUCAACUUGCUUCGGGGAUCAUUGCCAGUUCCAUCGUCCACUACACAAAUCUUUUUUGCCUCGAACAACAAUCUCACAGGAGAGAUACCUGUAUUAGUAUGCAACCUGAGCUCCCUAGUGGUUCUUGAUUUGUCCAACAACAGCUUGACAGGAAUGAUCCCGAAAUGUCUGUCGAGUGUCAGCAGAAGUUUAUCUGUCCUGGAUUUGCACGGGAAUCGUUUCCACGGGACCAUCCCUGGAAAUUUUGGCACGGGGAACCGCCUCAGGACCCUGAACUUGUAUGGAAAUCAGCUCGAAGGAACUGUCCCGAGAUCCCUAGCUAAGUGCAGGCUGCUUGAAGUUCUUGAUCUCGGAAACAACAACUUAAAUGGCACAUUCCCAAAUUGGCUUGGAAGCCUUCCAGGGCUAAAGGUGCUUAGCCUGAGAUCAAACAGGCUAAAUGGUCCUAUAAACAUAAACACCUCUCAGACAAAACCUGCAUUUCCUGAACUGAGAAUCUUUGACUUGUCUCACAAUGGUUUCACAGGCACUUUGCCCCUGGAAUUGUUCAGGAACUUCAAAGCCAUGAUGGAAACAUACAACACCGACCCGAGCCUAAAGUACAUCGGAGAAACAUUCUACAAAGAUUCUGUCACUGUAAUGAUCAAAGGUCAGGAUGUUAAGCUCCUGAAGGUUCUGUCCAUCUUCACAGCUAUUGAUCUCUCCAGCAACGAAUUCGAAGCCAUUAUUCCUGUUUCCAUUGGAAGCCUAACUUCGCUGCGGGGAUUAAACCUUUCACACAACAACCUUGCAGGCCAUAUCCCAGGCUCACUCGGGACUAUACUCGACCUCGAAUCACUCGACCUUUCAUCAAACCAUUUAGAUGGGGAGAUCCCAGGAGAGCUUGUAGGCCUGACAUUUCUUUCUGUACUUAACCUGUCCCAGAAUCAUCUUGAGGGGAGAAUUCCUCAAGGGAACCAGUUUAAUACCUUCCAGAAUGAUUCAUACUUUGGGAAUGAUGGAUUGUGUGGAGUGCCAUUGUUAAGAAGAUGUAAAGAUGAUGCAGAAAAACCCCCUCCAGGUGAGGAUGAGGAUGGGGAAGAUGAUGAUGAUGAUUCAGACUUUAUGCAUGGAUUUGGGUGGAGAUCAGUGAUGAUUGGUUAUGGGGUUGGGAUUGUUCCAGGAUUAGUAAUGGGGCCUCUCAUUUUCUUCCCAACAGGGAUACCAAAAUGGCUUCAGCAAAAAUUAUUGUUUAGAAAGCAUUAA